GUCUCUCAUCAAGAGAGCAGGAUUACUUUCUUUCAAUCCUAGAAACGCCCCUGUUUCCAACUUUACCGGAGUCUUACUGAUCCAGGAAGUAACACCCGCCCUUCGCUGUGAAAUGAAAGCUAUCAGCCUAUAGACGGAACCUGCAGAAUGUCUUAUUAACGACGAUAUCGAUGAAGAAGAGUGGAGUCUGAAUAUUUAGAAAAACAACAAUCACGUGAACGCACCCUGACCUCUGAACACAUCAGAAGUUUGGAGAAAACUCUUGAUGUCUCCCUCUUUUUUGGAUUUCUCAAGCCAGAUCCCAGUGAUGGUGACUUCAGCUCAAGAAAACUGCCAACCUGCCGUUCAACAUGAAUCUGAAAAGUAAACAUUUGGAGGCUGAAUCUUUGUUGAUACUUUUGGCCAAAGUCUUCAGUGUGACUACACUGACUUGUCAUCCAACUGAGUAUAUGAUAGGGAAUGAAUGCUGCGGUCUUUGUCCAUCUGGAAAUCGUGUUAAAACACACUGCACAGAGUUCAGGAGCACUUCCUGUUUGCCCUGUGUGAAUGACACCUUCAUGAAUCUUCCGACUGGACUUAACAAGUGUUUCCCCUGCACGACCUGUGGUCCAGAUUCUGGUCUGAAGACAAUCACUUCAUGCACAGCAACAACAGAUUCAGUUUGUGAACCUCUGGAAGGAUUCUACUGUAUAGACCGCAUAAAGAAACACUGUGCAGUUGCAAAGAAACACAAACCAUGUCAACCAGGGCAGUACAUCAAACAAAGAGGAACCCCCCUCACAGACUCUCAAUGCUCUGACUGCAGUGACGGAACAUUUUCUGAUGGGACGCUUACGUCUUGUCGACCACACACACAAUGUGAAUCACAAAACCUUCAGCUGAUGCAACCAGGAACAGCUUCAACUGACGCUGAAUGUGAAAUUUUAAAAAAGGAUCCAGUUGCUAUCAUUGUUUCAAUGGUUCAUUUGGGUGUUUUGGUGGCUGGUGCAAUAGUCGGCUUGUUUUUGUGGAAAAUACAUCUUGCAGGAAAAAGAACAGAUGCGACCAUUUAACCAAGGACAUUACCUCCGGAGGAUGUCUACAGAAUUGGGUCCAGACUCUCGCUGGUGUUUUUGGGACUGCAACAUGUUUGAAGCUUCAUCAACAUACCCACUCGCUAACAGUGAUUUCUGCUAUAUUGACACAUUAGUUAGAGUUUUAGAGAGACACUACGGAGAAAGUCCUGAGGCUCUCACUCUGACUUUUGCAUUCUCACAUACAGCACCUCUGGAGACUGUCAGGAGAUUAUCUGGAGUUUAGUGAAUGUCUGAAAGUGGCCUAAGAUUGAGCUGACUCUGUGAAGUCUGUUCACAUGCACAAGGGGUUUCCAUUUUAAUUCCACAUAUUUCUCUCCUCAGCAAAAGAGAUAAACCUGCAGAGAACCAGUAAACUUGUUGUUCACUGCAGAGUGAAUGUGCUCUAGUUAUUAUUAUUAUUAUUAUUAUUAUUAUUCAGGCAAAUGAAUUGGCUUUUUGAGGGCUUUAACAUGCUCAACUUCUUACCAAAAUUUGCAGAAAGUUAGAAAGUGGUGAAAAUUUACGUAUUCUGAAGGAAUUUUCAAUGGGCGUCGCAAAAUGGCUCAACGGUGCCCCCCGAGACAGCCCGAGACCCCCGGAAUGUGUUCCCAUUGACCAAUCUUCACAAAAAUCAAUACACAGGUGUAUCAUGACCAGACAAACAAAAAAGUCUCUCGGUGCAAUUGGAAAAACACAACUAUUUUGCUAUUUUGCAUUUAGUGGCCAUUUUGGCCAUAUUCCACAUUUUUUGUUUGAUACACUUGUACCAGGGUUUUCAUCGGAUCAACUUCAAAUUGAGAUGAGUGUCAUCACAACAAGAUGGAGAUAAAAAAUGACUGACGGAUUUUUUUUUAAUUACACUGUGUGACCGUGGCGUCAAAGUUUGAUUACACGCCAUUAAAACACGAUGUUCUGUAACGCGGAAUUACAUGGACCAUGAAUCCUUUGAUUUCAGUCUUCCUAGAUCAAAGGAAACUUAUGUCUUGCAAAGGUCACGUCUCUUUCUCUCUCAGAACUGGUUAUUUUUGUUUUUUCAGACAAAAAGCAUGCAAUGCUUCAAAAUGCAUGUGCUCGGGCCCACCCAGUGCUGCUUUGCAGCCCUAGAAAUUUUAGUUUUAGUUCUAUUUGAAAUCUAAACAAGUUUUGAAAAAGGUUACUUGGUUACUUUCCACUGCUAGCCAUAAUAUUAAUCAUAACUCAAAAGCGGGAACAACUUUUCCUUGUUAUUCAACUUUUUCUUUGAACAUUUUAUUUGAUGUAUAACUUAUUUGUCCAAUCUAAUAACACGGAGGAGGCUGGGGGUUUAUGACCCAUACUGCAGGUGUUUGGCUUCACUGGAAUGUCUGUGAUCUUUGGCAAAGAUCAAUAAAAUGGAUCAAAGGAGAACAAACCA